AUGCGGUCUGAAGCUCCUUGCAGGCUCCAGUACAGUACAGCUAUCCAUGAAUUUCCAAGUGAUCUAUUUACCAAUAAGGAAAGGCAACAUGGAGGAGUAUUACUUCAUAUAACAGGAGCCGUGUAUAUGUUUUACGCACUGGCUAUAGUUUGUGAUGAUUUCUUUGUUCCAGCCUUAGAAAAAAUAUGUGAGAGAUUACAUUUGAAUGAAGAUGUAGCUGGUGCCACCUUCAUGGCUGCUGGAAGCUCAGCACCUGAGCUGUUUGCUUCAGUCAUUGGUGUCUUUAUCACCCAUGGAGACGUUGGAGUUGGAACUAUUGUUGGUUCAGCAGUAUUUAACAUUCUGUGUAUCAUUGGUGUCUGCGGACUAUUUGCAGGACAGAUUGUGUAUCUGACUCAGUGGUCUGUGUUCAGGGAUUCGUUGUACUAUACUUUGUCAGUCAUUCUGCUUAUUGUGUUCAUGUAUGAUGAGAAAAUUGAUUGGUGGGAAGGCCUUAUCCUGAUCCUAGUGUAUGCAGGCUAUAUACUUGUGAUGAAGUUUAAUAACAAGAUGCAGAACUAUUUUGUGAGCAAGCUGAUGAAGGAUGUGGCAAAUGGCAAUGUGAUCGGCAAUGAGAUGGAGGAUGGUAAUAUUGAUUCUCUCAGUAGUUGUGAUGACCCAUCACUCCCAUUGUUAUCUCAAGUUCAGUCUGCCAAUGGUGUGGACAAGGAAAUCUGUGCAGCAGAGAAAUGUGACGGUAUCGAAAAUGGAAAUGUUCCUCUGGACAUUAAUGCAAAAGAAGAUGGCAACAAGGAUGAAAGUGAACCAGAGCUCAUGUCACCAUUUUCUCCACCAGAUGGCUACUUGAAUAAGAUGAAGUGGCUAAGUUCAUGGCCAGUCCUCAUCAUGCUGUUCUUCACCGUUCCUAACUGUGCAAAGCCUCGCUGGGAGAGGUUCUUCAUGAUAACCUUCAUCAUGUCUACCCUGUGGAUUGCAGUCUUCUCGUAUUUAAUGGUGUGGAUGGUUACUGUAAUAGGAUUCACGCUCGGAAUUCCAGAUAUUAUCAUGGGAAUCACAUUUCUGGCAGCAGGAACAAGUGUUCCAGAUUGCAUGGCUAGCUUAAUUGUGGCCAGACAAGGCAUGGGUGACAUGGCAGUGUCCAACACAGUCGGAAGCAAUGUCUUUGAUAUCCUUGUUGGUUUAGGUCUUCCGUGGGGUCUUCAGACAAUAGUUAUUGACACUGGAUCUUUUGUACGCAUCAACAGCAGAGGCCUUGUUUAUUCUGUCAUACUUCUUUUAGGAUCCGUGGCACUUACAGUGGCUGGUAUCCAUGUGAAUGGGUGGAAAUUGGAUAAAAAGCUCGGUAUUUAUGUGCUAGUCCUCUACGCUGUUUUCUUGUGUUUCUCAAUCAUGAUUGAAUUCAAUGUGUUUACUUUUGUCAACCUGCCAAUGUGCCAAGCCAGCAUUUAA